UCGGUGGACCUGGAAGCUGAGGAGUCACAUCUUAGACGUACAGAUGAGACUGGACAACCGAAUUCGGAAUGGGGACUUGCAGAAUGUCACCAGAAAACACCUUGAAGGGCUGGUGCAAAAGACAAGUGAUGGCAUUGAGAAAGAAGUGGAGAAGUAUUUCAGGGAAGACAAAGACCAUGAGACACUGGUCCAGUGGAAAUCAGGCACAGAGCUGAAGCUGAAAGAACUAAAAGAGACUCUUCUCCAUGAAACGAAGAAGAAAUGUGAGAGUCUUAUAGAGCUACAGAAGGAGCAGAGGAAACUGGAUGCACGGAAGUUGGAAUAUGAAGAUGAGCUCCUGAGAAGGAGUAGGGAGCUGGCUGUGACUCUGAAAGGGAAGAGCCUGAGUGAGAGAGAACUGAGGGACAACUUCACUCUUGUCUGGAACAAGUGGAUUGCCGAAGUCUCCAGUGCUGCUCGUCCUCUGGAACAGGUGAAUAUUGAUUCAGACAUCGAAGAAGUCCUUCUGGAGCACUUUAAGGAGCCAGGUUUCCAUGCACGGAUCACAUCGUUUCCCAAAGGCAGUGGAUUUUCUUUUGACUUAGAGAAACAUGUCAUGAAAAGAAAAUAUUUUUAUUUCUUCACUAAGAAGAUUUCUGAUGCUGAUGCAAUCAACUUGCAGCACAUCACAGACAACAUCAUAGUGUGUGUGAAGGCAAACAUUGAAAAGAAGGAACAGGAGAAACGGGAUUACAGUCGAAAUUUUAUCCAUGAAAUACUCAAUGAAGUACACAACGGUGUGAACUCUGUCCCCAGCCAUGCCAAAUGUACUUUUAACAGAGAGUACAGCAUAGCUUUGUCUCUGUAUCUGUGCAAAAUGGCAGCAGAAAGGUUUAAAGCCAUGCAUGAAGCAUUCCAAAAGGCAAAUGACCCAGUUGUGUACCUGAGCAGCAAGAGAGAAGAGUUCUUCCAAUGUUUCCAGAUGUCCUGCCAAGGAGCCACUUCAGUCACAACUUUUGCUGUUUUCCUUUGUGAGAAGAUUGAAGCGGCUCUUCGCCGGGCGGUCUAUGAGAGGACGUCUAAAGCCAUUGCUGAGGACAUGCAGGGCAAAUUCCCGGAUUUCAGGGGCAACAGAGCCAAUCUGGAAAUUUGCAUCCUGAGAUACCUGGCAGAACAAGAAAAUUUUGAGUAUUUCGUACAAUACCUUAAUUUCCCAAAAGAAUUUUUUCAGAAAUACAUUGAAACACGAGUUAAGAAUUACUGUUUAGGUGAGAGUGGAAAUCUGGAGAAGUUUUUAGAUUGCUCACUCAAUCUUCUGUAUGGAAACAUCCUGUCAGCUGUUUCUUUAUCAACCCAAAUUGUCAAAGACAGAAAAGACAGAGAAGACAAUGUCUCUCUUUGGCUGGAUGAAUUUUGCAGGGAACUGACAGAAGUGAUCAACUUGCCCAGAAGUGACCUGAAGGGCAUCGAGCACCAAGAGGUCAAAGAUACUGAGUUCCUGAGCAGUGCCAUGGCAGAAGCUCUGGAUGACCUGAGGGACAGGCUCAGGAAAGAAUUUGCUGGUGCUGAUAUGAGCUUGUUUGCAACACAGCCUCACACCAUCCUGGUGGAGCAGUUUUCGGGGUGCUGGGAGCAGUGUCCAUUUUGUGGGGCUGUCUGCACAAACACCAUGCAGGGACAUGAUGGAAAACAUCAGCUGGUCUUCCAUCGCCCAGAAGCUUUGGUGGGAGGUCAGUAUUAUAAGACAGAAGAGCUGGUCAUUGAUAUUUGUUCCAGCCUUGUUGCAAGCGAUGUCUUAUUCAGAGUUGGUGACAAUGAAUGGAUCCCCUGCAAGACAUACCGUGAUGCUGGACCUCCUUUUUCCAAUUGGAACAUUCUUCCUGAUUCAUCCAUGCAGGCGUACUGGAAAUGGUGUGUGUCUCAUUUCAGGGCACAGCUGGAAGCCUUGUACAAUGGUAAAUUUCAGGGCAAAGGAGAAAUCCCUGAGGCAUGGCAGAGAAUUACCAAGCAGGAAGCAUUGGCCGAGCUGGACAGGCGUUAGGCCACAUCCAUGGGAAGGAAGAACCACAAGGGCUUUGCAGUUCAGGAGAACUUUGUCGCAGGCUCUCCACAAAUUCAGUUACAAUGAUGAUGUUCUCAAGCCCACUGAAGACAACGGUAUCCAACUGCUCCCACGUUUGGUGAAAUAAGGCGCGUUACUGUGGCUGUCGCUCAGGAACUCCCUUGCUUGAUGAGAAAGCCAGAAUCCUCUUGCCUUCUUGCCAAAAACAUUUCCCUCUGCUUUGUCCUAGAGCCAAACCAAAGCCUCUCCUUGU